GCGUUGGGCCGGCGGCAGAGCGGGAGCGAGACCCGGGGAGUGGGAGCAGCAAUUCAAGCACCAUGACUCUUCAGCGGGAGCUGAGCCGCUCGCAGGUGUGCGGGAUGAUGCGUGAGGAGCUGUGCCAGGGCAAGGACUUCCUCCAGUCCGACACCCACAUCUUCAUCAUCAUGGGGGCCUCGGGCGACUUGGCCAAGAAGAAGAUCUACCCGACCAUCUGGUGGCUCUUCCGGGAUGGCCUCCUGCCCGAUGACACCUACGUGGUGGGCUACGCCCGCUCCCAGCUCACCGUGGCCGACAUCCGCAAGCAGAGCCAGCCCUACUUCAAGGUGGAGCUGGAUGAGCAGAAGAAGCUGGAGGAGUUCUUUGCCCGGAACAGCUACGUGUCAGGGACCUAUGACGACAGCACCUCCUUCCGGCGGCUGAACGCCCACCUGGACGCACUGCACAACGGGGACAAGGCCAACCGGCUCUUCUACCUGGCACUGCCCCCUAGUGUCUACGAGCACGUCACCCGCAACAUCAAGGAAUGCUGCAUGGGCCACGGGGGCUGGAACCGCAUCAUCGUGGAGAAGCCAUUCGGGAAGGACCUGGAGAGCUCCAACAAACUGUCCAAUCACAUCGCGUCGCUCUUCCGGGAGGACCAGAUCUACCGCAUUGACCACUACCUCGGCAAGGAGAUGGUGCAGAACCUCAUGGUGCUGAGGUUCGGGAACCGGAUCUUCGGCCCUGUGUGGAACCGGGACAACGUGGCCUGCAUCAUCCUGACCUUCAAGGAGCCGUUUGGCACAGAGGGGCGGGGCGGCUACUUCGAUGAGUUCGGGAUCAUCCGCGAUGUGAUGCAGAACCACCUGCUGCAGAUGCUCUGCCUGGUGGCCAUGGAAAAACCGGCUUCCACAGACUCAGACGACGUGCGGGAUGAGAAGGUGAAGGUGCUGAAGUGCAUCUCUGAGUUGCAGCUGGGCAAUGUGGUGCUGGGCCAGUAUGUGGGGAACCCCGAUGGGGUGGGCGAGGCCCGGAAGAGCUACCUGGAUGACCCCACUGUCCCCACUGGCUCUAACACAGCCACCUUCGCUACCGCUGUGCUGUAUGUGGACAACGAGAGAUGGGACGGCAUCCCAUUCGUGCUGCGCUGUGGUAAGGCCCUGAAUGAGCGCAAGGCCGAGGUGCGGCUGCAGUUCCGGGACGUGCCGGGCGACAUCUUCCAGCGGCAGUGCAAGCGCAACGAGCUGGUGAUCCGGGUGCAGCCCAACGAGGCCGUCUACACCAAGAUGAUGACCAAGAAACCUGGCAUGUUCUUCGACCCCGAGGAGUCGGAGCUGGACCUGACCUACGGCAACCGCUACAAGGAUGUGAAGCUGCCGGAUGCCUAUGAGCGACUCAUCCUGGAUGUCUUCUGUGGCAACCAGAUGCACUUUGUGCGCAGUGACGAGCUGCGUGAAGCCUGGCGCAUUUUCACUCCGCUGCUGCACAAGAUCGAGUCUGAGAGGAUCAAACCAAUCCCGUACUGCUACGGCAGCCGGGGCCCACCCGCGGCGGACGAGCUGAUGAAGAGAGUCGGGUUCCAGUACGAGGGCACCUACCGCUGGGUGAAUCCGCACAAGCUCUGA